AUGAGUGCUGUGAUUCUCCGAAACAACCCCCGUUUAGCCAAUUCUAGGACAGCAACGAUUGUACGACUGCAUAGGCAAAGAGCGUGUCUUGGGAACGUGCGAUUCAUGGCAUCGAUGGAACAACCUGCCCGACCCCCGCGGUUUGCGCCAUUGGAUCCUGCGAAGCAGAAGGCGGGGGAUGACAGGCCACAACUGAAAGGCAUUGUCUUUGACGUUGAUGGAACAUUAUGCUUACCACAAAACCACAUGUUCGCCGAAAUGCGUGCGGCGUUGAACAUUGAUAAACCAACAGACAUUCUCGAUCACAUUUACUCCCUGCCCGAGGCCGAGCAGGUAGAGGCACAAGAAAAGAUCCGCAACAUUGAGCGUAAAGCAAUGAAGUCGCAACAGCCUCAAGCAGGUCUAGUCGAGCUUAUGGAAUACCUCGACCGUCGUGGAAUCAAAAAGGGCAUCUGCACCCGCAAUUUUGACGCACCCGUCACCCAUUUACUGACAACCUUUCUCCCCUCUUCCAAAUUCAAUCCAAUCGUUACGCGAGAGUUCAGACCACCCAAGCCUGAUCCAGCAGGCAUUCUGCACAUUGCUAAGGAAUGGAUGCAUGAGGACGGUGGUAACAGUCUUAUCAUGGUUGGUGAUUCCAUCGACGAUAUGACCGCUGGACAUCGCGCCGGAGCAGCAACUGUCUUGCUUGUGAAUGAAGUGAACGAGCAUUUGUCAGAGCACCAGCACACAGAUCUUGUGGUCAAGCGACUCGAUGACCUGAUUGGGAUCCUUGAAGACGGAUUUGUGGGACGAUCAAAAGACGAAUGA